GAUGUACUGAAACUGUGUCAAACACGAUUAAUUACUCUUUUUCGGACGAUGAAGUUUUGGAUGGUUUUGAGGAUUCUGAAAUAUUAGCAGCAGCAGGCCAACAAACAAUGCACUGUAGUGAUGUUUUGGAGGAUUCUGAUUUCAGCCCUUUGUGUUUUGAUGAAGAUGUUAUGAAUGAUGACUUCACAUCUUCGGUUGAGGUUCCUCUGUGUUCUUCUGUUCCCCACUUUGACCCCACCCGUCUUGCUAUGGAUGCAAUAUAUGAAAGCAAGAAGGAGUUUAGUUUUAACUUGAAGAUGUAUGCAAUAACUAAUUUUUUCCAAUACCGAACAAAGUCAUCUUCUCCUAAGGUGUUACAUGUUAUUUGUGUGGAUCCUGAUUGUCUGUGGGCUGUUCGUGGAGUUCGCUUGGAUGAAAGUGGCUUGUUUCAAGUGCGUAGAUUUGAUAACGACCAUACCUGUCCCAUUGAUAUUAGACAAGCUAAUAGUCGCCAGGCUUCUUCUUCUCUUAUUGCUGAACUGAUCAAGCAUGAAUUUGAUGACUUGUCCAAAAGAGCUUACACACCUCAUUCAAUCAUGAGAGAUAUGAAAAGAUUGCAUGGAAU